AUGAGCGCAAGCGAGCCAAAGUCGUUCAAGAGGUUCGUCGAAGUCGGACGGGUCGUCCUACUCAAUGCCGGUCCGCUCGAAGGCAAGCUAGCCGUCAUCGUCGAGAUCAUCGACCACAACCGAGCACUCAUCGACGGACCCACAACGGGCGUAGCCCGACAAGCGUUCCCCUACAGACGCAUGGUCCUCACCCCCUUUGUGCUCAACAAGCUCACCCGUGCUGCCGGUUCGCCCAUCGUCAAGAAAGUCUGGGAGGCCUCCGGUGUCGAUGAGAAGUGGAACCAGUCUGCCUGGGCCAAGAAACGUGCUGCCAUUCAGAAGAGGCGGCAAGCGGGCGACUUUGAGCGCUUCGAGCUCAUGCUCCUCCGCAAGGCGCGCUCGAGAGCCGUCGGCAAAGGCAAGCGCCACUGA